UCAGCCAUGCCGCCCUCUCCUAGAUUCUCUAUCCGCCAUGGCCGUUGGCCAGCGGCAAGCGGACCCACCAUACAAGCAGGGCAGGGCGGGCCGCCGUGGAACCACCCCUGCUCUGGCCUGUACUGCCGCCGUCGGAGGUGAUGCGCCGCGCCGUCCCUCCGACACCGUCGCGGCCCGCAGCGAGCAGGGCGAGGCGCGCGGCUCAGCGUGAGGAGGGCGCGGACGUCGGCCCCGGUGGCAGUCGGUCAGUCAGCAAUCGGGUCUCGGCAGACAAGACAUCAUAGGCCACGCCGCAAUGCUGUCGCCGGCCGUGCCAGGUGUGCAUGGUAUGGCCAGUUCAAUCAGUGCACGCACCAGCGCACGGCAUACUCUGUCGGUUUCUCCAUUAUCUUCAGUUCGAUCAGCACAGACUUCACAGUUAGCGAUAAGAGCUGCAAACCCACUCUUCCCUUGUGCCAAACUCUCUCAAGCUCGUGCCGUGGUGGCAGCACCAAUGAAGGUCUCCAAGCACCCUUCCUCUUCUUGUUUAGCCAACCGCCAGCCUUCAAAAGAGGUUCUUGAGACAUGGCGCAGUGCCGAUGCGGUGUGCUUCGAUGUGGAUAGCACUGUAUGCUUGGAUGAGGGUAUUGAUGAGCUUGCUGAUUUCUGUGGGGCUGGGCAGGCAGUAGCUGAGUGGACGACAAAGGCAAUGACAGGGACCGUUCCAUUUGAAGAGGCUCUUGCUGCCCGGAUUUCGUUAAUCAAGCCAUCUCUGUCCCAAGUUCAGGACUGUUUGGAGAAGAGGCCACCCAGGAUUUCUCCUGGAAUCGCUGAUUUGAUUAAAACGUUAAUAGCUAAUAAUACUGAAGUGUUCCUUGUGUCAGGAGGUUUCAGACAAAUGAUUGAGCCUGUGGCAUUUGAGCUUGGCAUUCCUACUGAAAACAUCAUAGCGAACAGACUGCUAUUUGGUACAUCCGGAGAGUAUGCUGGAUUUGAUACCACAGAACCCACUUCUCGAAGUGGGGGUAAAGCAGUAGCAGUGCAACAAAUAAGACAGGAUCGUGGUUACAAGACGCUGGUUAUGAUUGGAGAUGGUGCAACUGAUCUUGAGGCUUGGCAACCUGGUGGAGCAGACUUGUUCAUCUGUUACGCCGGUGUCCAGAUGAGAGAAGCAGUUGCAGCCAAAGCUGACUGGACCGUCUUUGAAUUUCAAGAGCUAAUUUCUGAAUUGCCGCAGUUAAAUACCUCACAGUGAUUCUGAAUCUUACGGUGUUCACACCGUGAAAGAUCGUAUGUUCUCAAGCUUGCAUUUAGCUGCAUUACUUUAUUUCCUCAUUUCCAUCAUUCCUUUGAUGAGAUGGUGCUUGAGUUGGAGCUCAAAUUUAAUGGUUUCAUUUCUGAAACCUGGUAGUUAUGUAUUCUUUUUUCUUUGCGGGGUUGGUGGUUAUGUAUCUGAUACGGAAACCUGAUGGUUAUGUAUCAAUAUUGAAAUUUUAUGGUUAUGUAUUUGAUAUUGGAAUUAUUUAAACCUGGUUGA